AUGGAGAACUAUUCGCUCUUGGACCAGGUGGAUGAAGAUGGACUUCACCGAUCCCGCCUAUUAAACGUUGAAGAGAAGCCAUUCAAGAGGAUAACAAAGCGUCUACUUGCGCCGAACUCUCUCAUAUCAUCACCGGGCUCGUUCCUCGCAACACCGCCUCCCGAGGCCACCAAUGCGAACCAGGAGCAUGAAGCGGAAAAGCAGAAAAUGCUGGAGGAAUGGAGGCAGCUUCGGGAGGAUAUAACGCUAGACUUUACCGCAUUCGAGAGCAGCCUUGUCCGAAUCCAGCUUCUGCUGGCAAGUAACGAGAAGGAACGAGAGCGGUAUGCGGCGGAGAAGCUGGAGAUUAUGGCGACCGCGCAGGAAGUUCGAGACAACACCACGGAGCUACGGUCACAGCUGGAAGAAGCGCAGAACACGCUUGCACUGCGGAAAACGUACGACGAGCUAGCGGACAAGAUUACUUCUAACCGGCUGCUUCGACCGCGAGAUGAUCAACAGGCGAACCUGGAGAAGCUGCAUGCUGAGAUCGCGAAGCUGGAGAAGGAAAGCUCAGAAUACGCGCAGACAUGGGCAGAGCGAAGAGAGCAGUUUGGGCGUAUUGUUGAUGAAGGGAUGCAUCUUAGACGACUCAUCAGGGAUGAAAAGGAGGAAGUAGAGAGACGAGAAGGGAUGGAGGAAGAUGAUGACGGGGAUGAAGGGGAUGCUAGCUCCAAGGGAAAGAGGAGUGCGGUCAGUACACCUCGACCGGAUCCAGACAGCAGCAUGACUCCCUCGCAACAAACUGGAGGUGGAGGGGAGGAGACGAAGCCCGCGAUUGCGAAGCUUCAGGCUGAGAGGUCUGGUCCUGCAACUCGUGGUGGCACUCCGCUUAGACAGACCUUUACUGCGUCGGAAGCGGCUACUCCAGAAGACAAAGAGACUGCCAAGGACGAUGGGGAUGAGAACAUGGCUGAUGAGGGAGAGAUCUCCGGGGACGAAGGGGAGACUCAGGAGGGAGCCACCUCGCAGGGUAUGGAAGAUGAUUUUGAAGAAGGGGAAGAGAUAUCUGAUACCCGGCCGACAGAGAAGAUGGAUACCACCUAG